UAAAAACCCUGCGAGCUGUCAGAGUCCGCAGUCAAACUUUUAGCAGCUAAAAAGAGAACGCAAAGAUACGAAAUAGACUUCAACACAGGAUCUCUAUCAACAACAGCUAACCUGCCAAAAGGGAUCACUUGACUUCGACAACUUUAUCCGACGCUUUUUGGAUUUUGCCGAGUUUCUUCGUGAUCUCCUGAAACGAUAAUGUACUCCGCUUUCAACACAGAUUGUGACUCCUCUUCCCGGUGCAGUACCGCUUCUCCAGCUUGCGACAACCUAGCUUACUACAACUCUCCUGCGGGAUCUUACUCCACUAUAUGCUCUCCACAAUCUCAGGACUUCACAGACCUGACUUCAGCAUCCAGUGGCUCCUUCAUCCCUACUGUCACGGCCAUCUCUGCCAGUCCAGACCUGCAGUGGAUGGACCAGCCGCUCGUAUCCUCCGUGGCCCUUUCUCACAGAGUCCAUCCCUACAGUGCCAGCCCCCCAACCUACACUAGCGCCAUGAGGAACAAGGGCCACAGCUCUGGGCGCAGAGCCAAAAUGGAGCAGCUUUCUCCUGAGGAGGAGGAGAAGAAGAGUUUCCGUAGAGAGAGGAACAAGCAGGCAGCAGCUAAAUGUCGCAACAGGAGGAAGGAACUCACCGACACUCUGCAGGGUGAAACUGACGAGCUGGAGGACGAGAAGUCCGCUCUCCAGAACGACAUCGCCAACCUGCUCAAAGAGAAGGAGAAGUUGGAGUUUAUCCUGGCAGCCCACCAGCCCAUCUGCAAGAUCCCCUCUGAUAUGGACACUGUUUUCCCCUCCCACUCCUACGGGGUCUCCAUCCAGCUGUCUCCACCCCAGCCUCAAAGCAUGGUCUCCAGCUCCGUCUGCUCUGCAACUCCCCUCACCUCCAUUCCGUUGACCGCCAGCUCCAACCUCUCCACCUCAGCCUCAAUCUUCUCCAGCAGCCCCCUCCUGUCCACCGUCUCUGACGUCAAGAUGGCCGACCUGGACACAGCCUGCCUGGAGGAGUCCCUGUCUCUCCUCGUCAAGACGGAGAUGGAGACGGCCCGGUCGGUGCCCGAUGUAGAUCUGACCAGCUCCCUGUACACCCAGGACUGGGAGCCUCUCUACAGCACAGCCAAUAAUGACUUUGAGCCCCUGUGCACCCCUGUGGUCACCUGCACCCCAGCCUGCACCACGUACACAUCUUCCUUCGUCUUCAGCUAUCCUGAGGCGGAGGCGUUGCCUACCUGUGGCGUAGCCCAACAGAGAGGGAGCAGCAGCAACGAUCAAUCCUCUGACUCCCUCAGCUCCCCUACACUCCUUGCCCUGUGAGCAGGAGAACCCUAGUCCCUCAGCUCCCCUACACUCCUAGCCCUGUGAGCAGGAGAACCAUAGUUGUGUCCCAAAUGACAACCUAUGACCUAGUUAAUUGCUUUUUUUUGUCCCAUAGGGCUCUGGUCUAAAGUAGUGCGCUUGGGGGAAGGCACAUUCUUCCACACAACACCAUUUCCUCUAGAGCACAUUUAGCACUUCCCCCGUGUACAGUACCAGUAUGUGGUGACUGUGCAGAAUGAUUACAGAGAUAUGGACUUGGACUCACACAACCAAGAAGCAAAAUAUAUUUGUUUUGUAUGGACUGUAAUAGGCUAUUACUUGCCUCUUUCGACUAUGUAGCUGAUUAAAGCAUGUUUAACUAAUAAAACCAAUCGUUUGGGUUUACAAAAUAGUUAUGUUGAUUUUUAUGGUGCUAGAUAACAUAGUUGUUUCUGUGUUCAGAGCAAUACAGUUAUCUUGACCUGUUUGUUUUCUAGUUGAUGGAAUGUGAGCUUCUUGUAUGUUUGAUAUUUAAUAAUAAUCAUGUGCUUGUCUAGCCAUGUCUGGUUGGUCUCUCCUAGUAUGAAAGUUUUCUGUGAAAACGUUUUUUCUUUUGUGAAAUGUCUAAUUAUUUUUAUACUACAAAGAACUGAACCUUUGUGAAACGUAAGAAAUAAACUGAACGAAAUAAAAUAUUAAAUUAUUUA